AUGGAGAGUGGCACUCCUGGCUCACAUCCAGUGCUUAGGACUUCACCACAAACAGGUAACAAAAGAGUAAUUCUUUUUCUGUCUCUUUUAAACUGUCUUCAAGACAUUGUACUUGAUGUUUAUCUCAUCUCUGAAAAGAAUUCCACUGGAUUUAACAUCACAGUGUCAACUACAUGUGAACACCAAAUUCACUGGAAACUAUUAAACAAAAGAAGAAAACCAGAAAAAGCUACUUACUGCAACAGAGAGUAUACAUUAGAACAGUUCUCAUCCCAAUACUGUCAUUCUCCUUCACCUCAAACUGACCAAUUCCACAGCAGAGAUAUGAAGUCUACAAACUGCUAUCUCUCUCUCUCUCUCUCUCUCAGUCACACACAUCCACAUACCUAUUGCUGUUGUCACACAGAAGCAGUAGUAAACAGAACUGUAUACAAGGAUGUACAUCACAUCUCACCAGAGAUUCCACUGGAUUUAACAUCUCAGACUAAACAUAAACAUGUUGAUGGUGGUCAUGGAUGGAAUGAAGGAGAACUAGGAAAAACUGAAGAGAAACCAGACUUCACUGGAUUUAACAUCACAGUGGUUAUUAUUACAUUGAUAGCUGUGACAGUGUCAGUUAUUAUUACUGCUUCAACGUCGAUAUGCAUCCUACGUUAUUGUCAUCGGAGACAUAUUCCACAAGAAGAAAUAACUACACCUCAUAGAUGUGUCAGUGAACAAAGACAUUUAAUUUGUCCCUCCUACCAUACAAGUUCUUGCACUGAUGUUCCUGGAGCAAUACUAGAACAAGACAAAACAAAGAUUGGUCACUUCACAGAAGCAAGAAGAAUAUCUCAUCUUGGGGAAGAAUUUGGAAGUGGACCAAGAGGUUCACCUGUAAAACCCAGGACAUCAACAGAAUUCUCACAUCAGAGGUACAUUCAAGAGAUAGCAGUGCCACUUGUCAGGGAUAAUCAUGAAAAGAACACAGUGAUGGCCCUCAGCUGUAACAACUGGAAAUCUACAAUACCUUCACAUUCUGAAAAAGGACAUGGCUGGAUUGAACAAGACCCAGGAAAUGGUGAAGAAAUGUCAGAUUUGUUCUCAUCCCAAUACAGUAAUUCUUCAUCAUCUCAACCCAACAAAUUCCACAAAGGAGAUAUGAAGCAUGUAGGACAGACGUUCAGCUAUCCAACAGUAGUAACAACAGAACUCUUUACAAGGACGUUCAUAUCAUCAAGCCACAGACCCACCACAGACUCCACUGGAUUUAACACCACAGGUCAAAAGAAAAAAAUGCAAAUAACCAAAUAUUUAUUAAUAUUUGUCCUGCAUAGAUGUACAUUCAUGAAGUCACACAGAACUCUGAUGGUGAAAAACAUGAAAAAUGCACAUCCCCUGACAACAACACCUGGAAACCUACCAAGUCUUCUUAUUCCGACAAUGGACAUAUUUGGAAUCAGAGUGAUACAGGACAGGGUGGUGAAAUACCAGAUCUGUUCACAAUCCAGUAUUGUAAUUCUCCAUCGUCCCAAACUGACCAAUUCCAUAAAGCAGAUACAAGGCCAUUAG